GUGUACAUAAAAUUGCACAGUCUAUUAAUUAAAAUACAUUCUAGAAUCAAUUCAGAAUCAAAUUAAUGGCAACCAUUGGGUUAGAGUUCUAUGAAGAUCCCAGCCAACACAUUUUUUUAUUUCUGUACCAGGCUUCUAACUUAUAAUAACACAUACAGUGGUAUCUCAGGUUACAGAUGCUUCAGGUUACAGAUGCUUCGGGUUACAGACUCCACUAACCCAGGAAUAGUACCUCAGGUUAAGAACUUUGCUUCAGGAUGAGAACCGAAAUCGUGUGGCGGCGGCGGCGAGAGGCCCCAUUAGCUAAAGUGGUACCUCAGGUUAAGAACAGUUUCAGGUUAAGAACGGACCUCCAGGACGAAUUAAGUUCUUAACCCAAGGUACCACUGUAGUAACUAUUUACAGAAUGGGUAUUAAGUGAUUGUGUAUUUCUGUCAAGGAGGUCAUAGAUUAUACUGUUGAUAAGUAGUUGCCCAUUGUCUGUUUUAAACCUGCAUUGUAGGGUUCUAUUUCAUUUAUGCAUCCUUUGCAUACAGUAAGCCCUCAACUUACGUGGGGGUUAUGUUCUGGGGAUAGUGCCUAAACCCAACAUUGUGUAUAGUCAAAACCCAUUGGGUUCAAUAAUGGGUAGGAUUGCCAAAGUCAUUUUCCCUGGAACACUGCCCUAUUUAUUUAUUUAUUUAUUUAUUUAUUUAUUUAUUUAUUUGAUGCACAUAAAGCACACAAGUUAAAUGUGUGUAGGUUGUGGGCUUACUCUAUCUUUUAAAAAUGGCCAGGAGCCUUCUCACCAUCUUCAUCUAGUGGAAAUACUGUGUUCAUUUUUCUCAGAUUUAAAUCCAGUGACCAUAUAUGGAGGCUAGAUGACUGUUUAUUAAUAAAGAUUAUAUCCCAGUUUUUUUUUAAAUCUGCAUUUGAAAUUAAGGUUUGUUAAAAUUUAAUGAAAUGUUCCUUGAAGUCAAUGUAAGUAGAAUCAUGCUGUUAAAAUGUUAUUGGUAUUUUGUGUGACAUAGUCACAUUGUUCAACUAGUUUCCUCUGUUGUUCAAUAUAGUUACAAAUUGUAGUCCUUUGUUUUGUCAGCAGCAUUGCAAUGUCUACUUUUUACAUUUGGGUUUUCUGUCUUGUGUUUAACAUUGCCAUGUACAGUAGUGCAUUUGUUGUUUAACAAGCUGUGUAGUUAACUGAGUUAAUUCUGAAAUAGUCUCCAGUUCAGAAUAACUAAGUACAUCUAUAUACAUUAUUUAUUCUGAUUAGCAAAAUACCCAUGAAAUUAUUGGAAUGUAUGUUAUAUUUGCUUAUUUGCAUUACGGGAGGAGACUGACAUUGAGUGGGCACUAGGACACCACCAGGUGAAUGUUGUUGUUUUCCAUUCAUUUGAAGAGAAAGAAAACGUUAACUUUUAGAGUGAGGACAGAUUUAUCUACUUACUGCUAAUGUAACAAGGACCCUCUAUUCCUAAGUGAAAUAUUGUACUCAAACCUCUAUAUAUGCCAUGGCUAAAGAGACAACAUAUAUUGACUUCACGUGGUCUGCCAUUAUUUGUGGUUGCCAUACUCCUCUUUCUUUCCUUGAGUUCCCUGGCACACUUAGAAAAAUCAGGGGAGUGGUUGUCGCUCAGUGCUUUGGUCUUUGGAAUGGGCAUGAGCAGUGAGAAUCUUUGUUAUCAAGUUAAAAUAUGGAGUCAGAAGCCAAACGCUUCUCUCCCCUGAAUCUUCUGUUUAAUCCAGAGUGCGGAAGAGGGGCAAGAGAUUGGUUUCUUAGUUGGCACAGUGAAAUACAUCCCCUGAAAAUGUGCAGGGAACUUGGAGGAGUUUUGCUUUGAGCAUGUGGGAGAGGAAUUUUCACCAAUGGUGACCUAUGACCUUUUCCUUCCUGUCAGUUUCCAAACUAUGCCUAUCCUAAGUACCAGUAAGAAACUAGGAAGUACCAGUAAGAAACUAGGAAGUACCAGUAAGAAACUAGGAAGGCGGACAGACUCAGACACAAAUGAGCAUAACAUUAUGUGGAUUGGGGUUUUGCUUGGAAGGGACGGUCUUGUGAGUUGCUGAUAUAGUAAAUCACCCAGUGCUGGGGGGAAAGCAUUGCAGUUCAGCACAAAGCAUGUCACUGAGAGUGCCAUCUUUAAUUUAACCACUUUCUGAACAAUAAUUACCUGAUGCUAUGCAUAAAUUUAUGCAGUGAAAAUAUAUUGCAUAUAAUGUUUUGUAAUGUCAUUGUUUCAGCACUUUAAAAAAGUUAAAUCAACAUAAUGUGGUGCCCACCCCCUCACAAGUUUCUGUGAUUUUCAGAAAUUUUAGUGUGUUGUGUUAAUUUACAAGACUUAUAGUUAUCUAUUUGUUGCUGUUGUUGUUGUUGCUCCUCCAGAGAAUUAAAAUGGUGGCUUUUAUUCUUCAAACACGUACCAUGAAAUUAAUGGAUUUAUCAUUAUGUGCAAUAAAGCUGAUUCCAGUGCAAAAUAUUUGAUGGGUGCACAAGAAUGUAGUGUUUGUUUAGCUAUAUUAAGUUAAUGAACCGUAAAGAUAAAAUAUGUCCCAUAGGGAACAAAAUAGUUUCCUUUUUUCAUUUUACUGGUCUGAAAAUUAUUCAAGAGCUGGACAAAUUAUUUUCUCUUGAAUUUUGCUACUUUGUAGUUUUUAUUGAGCAGUAGUAGUUGGGCACAGGGGAGACAAAGAGAAGGAAAAGCUUUGUAACCUGGGUACAUCUCCCCCAGUGAAAUUAAUUGUAUUAUUAGACAAACUGCUUCAGCAGCUGGCAAAACAGCAGGAACACGUCGAUUCUGCUUCCUUGGUUACAGGGAGUGAUAGUGUACUUGACCUUCAGAGGAGCAGGGUCAGAGAGAGGGCAUUUUUAAACAAUUCUGUCUGGUUUUGUGAUUGGAAUCUUUAUAAAUGGAGCUCGGAUACAAACGUUUGGGAACAGACUAAAACUGAUCUCUUCGUUUCUCUUCGAUUGUUUUGGACAAAGAUCUUUGCUGAAGAAAAAUGUAAAUAAAGCUGCAGAAGGAUUUGACACUGUGCAAACUGUACAGACAACAUUAUCUGAAUCUCCAGUGAUGACCAGCCCUUCCCAACGCAUCCAGAUAAUCUCCACAGAUUCUUCAGUAGCUUCACCACAGCGCAUUCAGAUUGUCACAGAUCAGCAAACAGGGCAGAAAAUCCAAAUAGUAACAGCAGUGGACUCAUCAGUCUCCCCAAAGCAGCAGUUUAUAUUGGCUAGUCCAGACGGAACAGGAACAGGGAAAGUGAUAUUGGCUGCACCUGAGGCUUCCAAUACCAAGCAACUUAUCUUUACCACCACAGAUAACAUUGUGCCAGGCAGAAUACAGAUUGUGACCGACUCUGCCUCUGUGGAACGUUUGUUGGCUAAAACUGAUGUCCAGCGACCCCAAGUAGUAGAAUAUUGUGUUGUCUGUGGAGACAAGGCAUCAGGUCGUCACUAUGGUGCUAUCAGUUGUGAAGGAUGCAAAGGCUUCUUUAAAAGGAGUGUGAGGAAAAAUCUGACCUAUAGUUGCCGUAGCAACCAGGACUGUAUCAUCAAUAAACACCAUCGGAAUCGCUGCCAGUUUUGUCGGCUAAAAAAAUGCCUUGAGAUGGGAAUGAAAAUGGAAUCUGUACAGAGUGAAAGGAAGCCGUUUGAUGUGCAGCGUGAGAAGCCAACGAACUGUGCUGCUUCAACAGAAAAAAUCUAUAUCAGAAAGGACUUGAGAAGUCCUCUAAUAGCAACCCCAACUUUUGUAGCAGAUAAAGAUGGGGCUAGAUCAGCUGGCCUUCUUGAUUCAGGGAUGCUUGUGAAUAUUCAGCAGCCGCUAAUAAGAGAAGAUGGUACAGUGCUUCUGGCUACAGAUUCCAAGGCUGAGACAAGCCAAGGUGCCUUGGGGACACUAGCAAAUGUUGUAACUUCACUUGCUAGUCUCAACGAGUCACUUAAUAAUGGAGACACUUCUGAAAUUCCACAAGAAGACCAAUCUGCAAGUGAGAUCACUCGAGCAUUUGAUACUUUGGCUAAAGCACUUAACACCACAGAUGGAGCAACAGCUCAGAAUCUGGCAGAUGGGAUGGAUCCCACAGGUGGUGGGAACAUUCAUGUAAUCAGUAGGGAUCAGUCUACGCCAAUCAUUGAAGUUGAAGGACCCCUCCUUACAGAUACUCAUGUGACAUUUAAGUUAACCAUGCCAAGCCCAAUGCCAGAGUAUCUGAAUGUGCAUUACAUUUGUGAGUCAGCAUCCCGCUUACUUUUUCUUUCCAUGCACUGGGCUAGAUCCAUUCCUGCUUUUCAAGCACUAGGACAGGACUGUAAUACAAGCCUCGUGCGUGCGUGCUGGAAUGAACUAUUUACUUUAGGCCUUGCACAAUGUGCACAGGUGAUGAGCUUGUCAACUAUUCUGGCAGCCAUUGUCAACCAUCUACAGAACAGCAUACAGGAAGAUAAACUUUCCGGAGACCGAAUAAAACAAGUGAUGGAACACAUCUGGAAGCUUCAGGAGUUCUGUAAUAGCAUGGCUAAGCUUGAUAUUGAUGGAUAUGAAUAUGCUUACCUUAAAGCUAUAGUCCUCUUUAGUCCUGGUAAGGCAUUUGAUCACCCUGGUCUCACAAGCUCCAGCCAAAUAGAAAAAUUCCAGGAGAAAGCUCAGAUGGAGUUACAAGACUAUGUUCAGAAAACGUAUCCAGAAGAUACUUACAGACUAGCCCGGAUUCUAGUUCGCCUGCCAGCACUUAGACUGAUGAGCUCUAGCAUUACUGAAGAACUCUUUUUUACUGGGCUCAUUGGAAAUGUUCCAAUAGACAGUAUCAUCCCUUACAUACUGAAAAUGGAGACAGCAGAAUAUAAUGGCCAAAUAACAGGCUCAUCUUCCUAGAAGAGAUCAGUGCGUCUUCACAGAUCAACUGAGUAAUCAUAAUUCACUGAUUAACCUUGGCAUUGUGUACAAAUAUUUUGAUUAUGUUCCCUUUUCUUGUUAAAUUUAUUCCUUUCCACACUGAAAGAACAACUUACUCCUAUCCACAUUGAAAAACAAGAUAUUAAAACCUGCAAAAAACGUUUUUUCUAGGAUUCACUUCUGCCAGAAGAAAUACUUUAAUGCCUUUUAAUGAAUGGUUACAGGGAAUUGCUGAACAAGAUUUUUAUUUUAAAGAUUUUAAAAAGUACUUAAGUAAGAACGCUGGCUUGGAUCCAAAGAACUGCAGGUGGAGUUCUGCUCAUGAAAUGAGUCUCUCUUAAUCUAAGGUUACCAGAUUUUUUUCAAUGCAUCCGGGGACACUUUUCAACUUCCUACUAAAUAAGAUGGAUUUUGCCAGGGGACUGAUUUGAAAAUCCAGGGACUGUCCCUGGGAAACGGGGACGUCUGGUAACCUUAUCUUAAUCCCUCCUCCUUCAUGCAGGCACGCUAAGUCACUCCUAAGAGCAGUAACAACCCAUGCAGCAGUGCAGGUGGGGCACCACUGCUCUUGAUUUUCAGACACAGUAUGCCACUGGCACACUCUAUUCUCCACAGGAUGGAGAGGGGUGAUGAGCUCAGGGCUGUGUAGGCACGUGAGGGCAUGUGUUUGGCUCUGUCAUACCACGCAGGUCUGAUUGGCUCUAUCAUGCCACACAGCCCCAAAUUGCUCACCGGGGCAAAACGGCUUGAGCCCAACUGUAUCCUCGCCCAACUGCACUGGCUUCCCGUUUGUGGACUACUCUCCCCAGGGAGAUUCAUCUGGCACCUUCAUUAUACAUUUUUAGGCACCAGGCAAAUGUAUUUGGGAGGUGGGGUUAUUGUUUUCCUCUCAACUAUUUAUUUUGUGUUUUUAUCCUGCAUUUUUAUCUUGUGAACAGCCCUGAGAUCUUCAGAUGAAGGGCUGUAUAUAGAUUUAAUAAUAUAAAUAAAUAGGUUCCCUGAACCUCCCACUCUCCCCUAGGUAAUUGUCAGUGGUGCACUGUGUUCAGAAACCAGGAGAGCAGUAGUGUCCUUACCUAUGCCACCACAUGGGCUGCUGCUGCCUAAGGGUCAGGUCACCCUCCAGAGUGCUAUGCAGUGCCACAUGGAAGGUUGCAGCUGGCAGAGAAAAUUGUCAACACACUUACCCUUGAGCAAGCAGGAGUGCUUCCCACUUGAUUUAAGGGUUCUUUGUAUCCAAGCCCAUAUUUUAUAUAUUUUAAUUUAUAUUUUAAAAUCACCAGGAUGUAGUCUAUCAUCAGCACUUUCAAAGCACUUCUUGUUAAAGCUAUGAUUUUGUCAUCCUCUUGCUUGUAUGAGCAAGGUAAGUGAAUAAUAGCAUUCAGGGUAAAUGAAUAAUUGUGUUUUAAAUGCAUUCUAAUGCUAGUGAUUUCUGUGAAAACAUAGAAGAGCUGUAGGAGACAAUCAUUUAUGCUACAAAAUUUCAAUUGUAUGUGUUUAUUAAUAAUGUGAUCCUUUCAAUGAGAUUUCUAUACUAUUUGAAGUUAAAUUUACUAAAUGUUUACAGCAUAAGUGACACAAAGUUUAUGGCUCUGCUGUCAGCUGAGUAAGAUGCUGUAGAACAGGCAUCAGCAAUUUCCGGCCCAUGGAGGCCAUUUUUCCGGCCCACGGGCCGCCCAUGAACCAAUCCACCCGCUCAGCAAGUCCCCCACGCGCUGCGGUAAACCGGCGCAACGUGGCGCAGGGACUCGCUGAGCGGUGCCGGAAAUCACGUCUACGCAGCCGCAGAAGCAAUUUCUGGUGCUGCGUACAUUUUGGAAAUGGGCAGCCAGCACCGGAAAUUGCUUCUACGCAGCCGCGGACAUGCGCAGAAGUCAUUUCCGGUGUUCCGGACAUGGGCAGCGCAGCACCGGAAAUUGCUUCUGCGCCUGUGCGGCCCAUGUCCGGCCCAUGGACGAUAGUCCAUGGGAUUCCUCCGGCCCACAGGCAGAAAACGUUGCCGACGCCUGCUGUAGAAGUUAUUCACACUAGAAAAGAGCAUACUAACUUCUUGGCUUUGUAAAGGGGAACCAUUGAAAUUUUUGAGCCUGGUGCUGUUUACUUAUAAAUGCUGUAGCAUAAGAUGCCUUUUUAUUGUGCUGCAUCAGCCGCUAAGUGGUGAGGAUGCUAUCAGUUUCAGAAACAGCAAAUGUGUCCUUUAGUACACUAUAAUUUCAAACUCAUUCAUUCUGUAUGACACUUGAGAAUACUAUUUUUGGCAUAUCACAUUGUCCAGUACUGUGGUUACUUCAGAAUUUGAGGCUUAGUCUUUUCUUAAAGGUUAGAAAAACUGUUUUACCGUCCAAAUCCUAUAUGUGUCUACUCAGAAGAAAGCUCCACUGGGUUCAGUGAGACUUACUCCCAAGUAAAUGUGAACAGGAUUACAGCUGCUCUGAGCAACCCAUAGCUAUGGUAAAUCAGUGUACGGUAAUUUAAAACAGCUUGGGUUUCCCCAUCCCAAACUCCUUUCAGGAAGAAUUCGACUGACAUCACCUUCUUCACUUGUCACAUUAUGGCAGGUUGCUAGGUCACAUGACCCAGUUGAAAGGGGGUUAGAAUAGGUCUCUCCUUGCUCUGUCGUGUCCUUUUGGGGGAGAUUUAUGAUAGUUGAUCCCCGGCUGAGCCAGAGUGGGGGAUUUAUGCUGGUUUAGAGUCGGACACUCAGCCAGGAAAGCCAAUUCUCUCAUCCUGGAGAAUCUUUGGUUUGAAUUGCACUCAUCCUGGAGAAUCUUUGGUUUGAAUUGCACUGUUUGCCAUUUUCCUAGCCUCCACUUGCAGUACAGCAUGUUAUACUCUGAGCCACUUUGCAUAUGGCAUUUUCCCUACCUGGGCCUAAUUCUGUAGGAAAAAGUGUGCAGUCAGCUGUAUGCAUAUCAUGCAGCUGCCCAUUUCCACAUGCUUGCAUCUGUUAAGGUGUGCUUUGUUCUACUGUAUCCAAACACACAUAAAUAACUCUUGACAAAAUAGACAUUUCAAUGAUUUCCCCACUUUGCAAGGCUCAUGGAAAUAUAUUUCCACACAGAUCUUACCUCUAUAUAGGAAAAGUAUCGUGCAUAAAGGGACUGCCUGCUCCCAUAACAUAAAUUGGUGGAUUCUUUUUAAAGUUUGGAGUACUAAGAAAUAUUUAUUGUGUUACAACCUGUCAAAAUGCUUCCAAGGGCUGGCCAUUUUCUGUUUGAUCGUGUUGCUUUAUUUUUAAGACAAUGUGUUGUCAAUCACACAAAAACAACUUCUCAGAUUGCCCUUCAGUUGAGAUCAUAUUCCAACAAGGUUGUUUUUUGUCUUUCUAGUUAAGCUCUCGGGUGGAAUGUUGGAGGGAUGUCUUACAGGACCAGGCACAGUUCAGUCACCUAUUUACCCCCAUUCAUAAGAAUCUUCAUUUAUAACCUACAUUUCAGGAAGGAAUUCAGUGAUUACUUAAGCUGGCAUAGCCCCGGAGAUCCAAAUCAAUUACACUUCCUUCUUUUAAAAAUGUUUUAAAAACAGGGUGAGAUACAAUGUAAUGCAAGUGGCCUUCACAGUGGGCAAUUUCUUCCUCUCCUCCCCCCAUUCCGAACCCCCAAAACCUGUUUUUGAGAGUUGGGAGGCCCUCUGGAGCAGUUUUUAUGGGGGCACAGGGGGCUGGAGGGUAGAGAAGAGAAUCCAGAAUCCUUGUGCAAGCAGAUUUCUAUUGCGUAAGUGGACAGACAACAUUGGGUGUCACUUCCUUUAAUUCACACAAGAACUGCUGCAGAGGAAGCAAAACAGUGUUGUGUUUCCUUGAUUUACUGUUUAGCUCCGACUUUAUUCCUAAAAUGAUUUGUGUACAUGCAGUCAAUAGGACUGUGAGCACUGAAUGUCUUGCAGUGUCAAAAUCAUGCUUAAAAUUAAUCAACUCUGGUCUUAAUUAAAAAUGACAAAAGACCCAACAUGAUGAACCUACUAUGGUAUUGUGGUAUAAACAGAUAUAAUCAUAUAUUUUAGAAUAUGUAUAGUGUCAAUACUUUAGUGUGCACUUUUAACGAAGAAAUUUGUAAUUUAAAUGAUAAAAUAUCCUAAAAAUAAUUUUUAGUACAAUUUUGAGACCAAAAAUGAUUCCUUAUAAAACUCAGAGGAGCAUAUACUUUUAAAAGUGAUGUCUGCUACACUGAAAUCUGUGUGUUGCAGGUUUGCACAGCUUGAUCCACAAACUUUAAAUUAAUUUAGUUGUGCUUUAUUUUGGAUCCAGCUGAAGUACUGUUUCUAAAUAGUGUCAUUUAAUGACUGCUAUGAAAUAUUUCAAUAUUUAAUUUUUUGCUAAAAGGCACCUGUUUUGUCAUUCACUGUUUCCCAUCUAACCUAGCUUGCAUAUUCUUAAGAAAAAAAAGUGUAUGUAAUUGUUCAUUGUUGAUUAAUGUUCAGAUUGUCUAGGGUUACUUAGCAAGCAUCCUUGGAAGCAAGUUCCUUUUGAGAUCAAUAAGGUACAUGUAUUUAUCUAUCUACAAGAUUGGAAACCUCAGCAUUUAAAACGAAUUUACUGUGUGCCCUGCCAAUUAUUAAAUAAGAUGGCAAUUUUGAGUUUAAUUGAUUUCUGAGGGACUUAGACAUGCAUGUCUAUUAGUCUGCAGCCUCAGUGGAUUAUGGCAGAGCCUAUGUGGCAAGCUAACUUACAUAGUGUUCUCUCCCAGAGCUUCGCUUGCCAUGAGUUACAGGGCUUCUGAGUUCUGCAGACAGUUUCUGUGAAAGGAGAGUCAUAAUUUUAAAAGUAUGUGUCUGUAGGUGUUCCUAUUUCUUCAAAACCAACUUGUGAUGUAACAUUGGAGGGAGGAAGAAUAUGCCUUUGAUUGGGGGGGGGAGUCAAAUAAAGUGUAGCCAAGCUCUUGAGUUCCCCUAAAGAAGUGCUUUGGAUCCCGGCCAUAUUUAUUUGUGUGUAUGAUGUUUUAUGUGCUUGUAUCUAACUUAGUCUGGUAUAUUAUGUACAGUGUAAUAUAAAGUGUGUAUGUGUAUGUAUGUAUAUAGAACUAUGUACAGCCAUGUAAUCAUAUAUAUCAGAUUUCUAUAUGUUAACAAAAAAAGAUUUAUAAAUGCAUUGCAAAUAUUGAGCUUCCUAAAUUUUAUUUCUUGCUCAAAGCUCAGUCCUGGUAUGAUCAUAUGCAUCUCACUUUCCUCGGUAGAGUAGGCACCUGUUUCUAAACCCAGGAUGUAUUUGCACUUUUUCUUAAAUACUGAAACUAUUUAAUAGUUCCACAUCUUAUUUCUAAAUACACACAAGCCCUGUUGAAAUGAAACGAGGUUGUGUAGUGAUAGUGUUUGGUGAAUUGCAUCUGUGGACCAUAAACAUUUCUAUGUUUUUGACACAUGCAAAGGGGGCUUUUAAAACUCUUCUGAAAGGUUUGGCUUUUUUUAAAAAAAUACAGUCUUUUCUAAAGCAUGUAAAGCUUCAUCACUGUGUUUAUAAUGUCUGUAUGUCCCUUGAAGUUGCUAAUGAGAAGGAACAAGGUUGCUGCAGAACAGAUGUGUGUAGUUCUGUAUUGACAACCAUCUUGUGUAAUUGAGCAUAAGGCAAACUGCAGGAGUAGCAUCAUAAAUGUCACUAUUUGCUAGCUAUGUAAUACAUGGCACCAUAUAUUUCCUGGCAAAUAUAAUAUAUUUCUUUUUAGAGAGACAACUAAAAAGAAUAUUUUUAAAAAAUCAAGUUUUUAGGAAUUGUCUUAUGCUAGUAGUGAAAGUCUAUGGAAGGUUUCCAGAUAACCUGUGCAGGAAAGUAGUUUGUGUGUUACAGACAAUAUUUCUUACUGUUCUACCUUCCCUAAAACCUGUUUAUAUAGCUUCUCUGGCUUGCUUAGGCAUUCUUUCCUUCUUUUCCCAUGAAAGAAACUUUGGUUUCAGAUGGCAACAGUUGGUCAAGAAUGUCAGCUAGCUGAGCAUGCACGAGUAGUAUAGAAUGUGGUCCAAGAUAAUUAUGAACAUAUUUUAAGGGAGACGUUUUCUUUUAAUGAAAGAGCUGUAGAUUUGUGAAGUAAACAAAGGACAAGAUGUUUCCUGGUACAUUGAAAGAUCUCCGUCAACAUUCCAAGAAAGACUGAUUUUUCCCCUUCCUCUUUUGGCAUGUGUGGAUGAGAGGCAUGCACCCAAGCAGGAAGCCAAGAUCUUACAGGCUAUGGCAGGUCUGUGUGUGCCUCCCAUGUCAUCAUCCAAUCUUCACUUUCUUUUGCAGAGCAUGAAGGGCGGCAGGAGGUUGAUGGAUGUCUUGGGAGGUGCACACACUUUGCUUUUUCCACAAUGCCUUGGCACCCUAUCCACAUCCUUCCACAUUGAGAGGGAAAGGAGAAAAAUGGGUCUCUUGUGAGGAUCACUGCACAUGCAGGUACCUUGGUUUUUGAACAGAAUGUGUUCCGGGAGUCCAUUCGACUCCCAGAACCAUUCAAAAACCAAAGCACGGCUUCCGAUUGGCUGCAGGAGCAUCCUGCAGCCAAUCGGAAGCCGUGCUGGAUGUUUGGCUUCCGAAAACCAGAACACACACUUCUGGGUUUCGAUCGUUCAGGAGCCAAUUUGUUCGGGAGCCAAGGCAUUCAACUUCCAAGGUACCGUAGGACUGAAUUGUACUAGCACUAGGAAGAACUAUGCCCAAAGUUAAUUCUUGGAAAAUAAAGCUUGCUAUUCUCUUCACCAUCUUAACAAUCCUCCUGAUGCCUAUACAGUCUAAGACCUGAUCUCCACACAUUUUCCUACUGGUCAGUGCUCUAGGUCUGAUCUUUUAAAAGUUUUGGUGAACUUGCACUUGCAGGAUUUGAGUUCUGACUGUAAAGUUCAUAAAUGCUCCUUUAAGUUGGGUGCACAAUCCUUGGAGAAGCAUUUCUGCCCAGCUUCGAUUUCCUGACCUGCUGCUUAAUAAAUGUACAUAGUGGUGUGUGGUUGUUGUUUUUUAAAGAAAAGAAAUAUUUCAGCUGUGGAUGUUUUUGAAACAUUUUUGGCAGGAAGCUCCAUUGAUUUAGUGUUAUGACAAUCGGUACUCCGUUUGCUUUAAUUAAAGUUAACAUUGAAUAGAAGACUUCUAUCAUAAAAUGAUUUCCCCAUUUUUUUAUUGUUCCUUAAAAGGUACAAUCCCCUGUAACGGAGGUACUAACCUGAUUUCUGAUUCUGGCCAAUGGAUGAUUUAAGCUGUUUCUGGAAACAAGUAUGUUACUUUUGCCUUCUGUACCACAUUUGGAGGGGCAGGGGUGUGGAAAAAUGGAAAUCUUACCAUAAGGCUAGAGGAGUUUUGAGUAGUCUAUUGACCAAAAUACAGUAUAUUUACUUACAGUAUCUAUGGAACUCAUAUGCCGAAAAGACUUCUGUGACUAACCACUAAUUCUAAAUAUUAUAAUACCAUUGUUCCCAAUAGUUUUGUAACAAAAAACUGCUCAUAUUUAUCCAUUAUAUAAUUGUUGUAUGUAUUUGGAAAACCCUUCAAGCGCUAAGCUCUUAUUAAAGCUAACCUAUUUGCCACAAGAUAGGUGAUAAUUCCCUGGGGUAUCUUUUGUAACCCUGUGCUUUUCAUCGUCUAUUGUCUCUGUAUCUUCUUUUUUAAAUACAAGGUUUAAAACCUGACAAAAGCUGUUGCUUCCUCACAGUUUAUUUUGUGAAAUCAGCUUUGUAAAUGUAAUAGCAUUUAAAAUAGCAUGUUCUUUUUUAUCUGAAUUUUUAUAUCUAAUCAAUGUCUUCAGUCAUGAAGAGAAAUUUGCAUUGUUGUGUGUGUAUAUAGAGUAUUGCAGUGCAUGCUUAUGCAUUUUAUUAAAUGCUGUCUAAACGUGGCAUUAUAUUGUUGUGGCUUAAUAUUUCUUCCUACAGAAGGUUUAUACUAUUAAAAUAAAUAAAGACCCUUA